AGGCACCCGAGCUUGCCACCGCAUCACUUCAUUCUCACCAAAGUUUCAUCGACUUUGCGCAACAUGCCAGCCAAUCCAGCUGACAUGCAUUCCUUCGACCCCAAAAAUAUGAUUUUCAAGCGACUCGGUCCAUCUGGCCUACGGGUCUCUGUCUUCGCUUACGGUGGCUGGCUCACAUUAGGCGGAACACAGCAGGGUGAAAAGGUGACAGAGCUUGUCAGCACGGCUUUCGAGCACGGCAUCAAUACAUUCGAUACGGCAGAAGUCUACAGCGGUGGUCGGGCGGAGAUCGAGCUCGGCAAUGCGGUCAAGCAGCUCAACAUCAAGCGCUCUGAGUUGGUCAUCAUCACCAAAGUGUUCUUCGGCACUGGCAGCAAGGAGCCCAAUGGACGCGGUCUCUCGCGGAAGCACAUCAUCGAAGGCUGCACAGACUCGUUACAUCGCCUACAGAUGAACUACGUCGAUGUCCUCAUGUGCCAUCGGCCAGAUUCGACGUCGCCAAUGGAAGAAAUAGUCAGAGCCAUGUCCUUCCUGAUCGACACUGGAAAGGUCUUCUAUUGGGGCACAAGCGAAUGGAGCGCCCAACAGAUCACAGAAGCGAUCGUAUCUGCCGAUCGCCUCGGUCUCCAUCGCCCCAUCGCCGAUCAGCCUCAGUACAACCUCCUUCAUCGCGAUCGCUGCGAGAAAGAGUACGCUCCGCUGACGAAGAAUUAUGGUUAUGGCCAGACCGUCUGGUCACCUCUGAGCAGCGGUCUGCUCACGAACAAGUACGCUCAGGAGAUUCCCAAAGGAUCAAGAUACGACAACCACAAAGACUUCUUCAGUGACACAAUCAAAGAGUUGCAAACUGAGUCGGGCAAGGCCAAGAUCGCAAAGGUGACCGAGCUCGCGAAGGUUGCUGAGCGUCUCGGCGGUAGCGCUACGCAGCUUGCGCUCGCGUGGUGCGCGAAAGCAGAUCAUGUCAGCACAGUCUUGCUCGGCGCGACCAAGCCAGAGCAACUUGUCGAGAAUCUAGGAGCGUUGGACAUGAUGCCAAAGCUUACGCCUGAAAUACUGGAUGAGAUUGACAAGAUCAUGGACAACAAGCCAUCAGCAAAUCCCACCUACGGUCGCUAA